UGUGGUGGAGGUCAGACAUACAGAGAGGAAGUGUGAAAAACAAAUAUGUCUGCCCUUCUUCUGUCUCCUCCUCACCUGAAGAUGGACAGAAACCCCAGAGCACAGGACAGGGACCGUUCAACGGGUACAGACUACAGUACAAUCAAAGAGGAGAAGGUAGCUGUAGUUUACUGUGGUCAAAUACGGGCAAAGUCCUUGGCUCAGUCAUCUCAAUCAGCCUUGUCUGACAGCAUGCAUCGUCUGCGUGUCUCAAUGUUGGUCUGCUUCAUACUCCUGGGAUUCCUCAGUUUCACAGGAGCAGAAGAGACGGAGACUGCCACAAAGGAAGGCAAAGGCAGGGAAAAACGUGAAAUGCCCAACUGGGCCCUGUGGUCGUCAGACUUCACAGGCUGGUUGCAGGAGCUGACUGCCCAGGCUGGUUACGAUCGGAUCCAGGACCUGGCCAGAACCUACUGGGCCCACUUCCCUAUUGCCAGUUACCUAGGUUACGACAGCCCCGACCAAGACACAGAAGAAUCUAAGGGGGUACCGGAAUAAAGUUGGGGUCAAAUGAAAUCUUUGGAGAAGUUUUAAAAUCACUGCCUUUUAACUAUUGUCUGACUGUUGCAUUGAUCAAACUAUACCCUGAACAUAUUUAGUAGCAGACAGGCAUGCAUGCACACACAGUUGAUGCUAUAAAUCUCCUUUAAACAAAUUGAUGUCUUAUUGCGCUUUUCUUUGUCAUCUAGUCAAAGCAGGAAAGCUUGCAAAGUUAUUAUCUUUGAACAGUUUGAUUCUCAUACAUUCAGAUUCUUGCGUCAGAAACCUGACUUUUUGAUGUAAAAACUGAUCUUGCGUGGCUUUGAUCCACAAUUCUGAUUAAGACACAGCACAGUGU